AAGUGGCCAACCAUGGCGAGUCGGCACUUUCCGAAGCCUCACGACACGGCCACGUGGACCUGGUGCGUCUCCUGCUGGAGAGAGGUGCAUGGGCCGCAAACUCUUUAGCCGAUCCACUGAUGGGGCCAGACCAGCUGGAAUCGCCCCUGACUGCAGCUGCCGGCUGGGGUCACCUGGAGGUGCUUCGCCUUCUGCUGGAGGCCCGCGCUGAGGUGAACCAUGUCCACGAAGACGGGGCGACGGCUCUUCGCGAGGCAGCGACCUACGGCCAUGUCCUGGCGACCCAGCUGCUGCUUGAGGCAGGCGCUGAGGCAAACGCCGCUGAGCCGGGCCGCCGGGACCCACCUCUCGUUGCAGCCUCCGGCUAUGGCCAUCUGGAAGUUGUCCGCCUGCUGCUGGCAGCCCGUGCAGAGGUCGGCCGAUCGGUCGGAGGAUCUGCUCUCGCCCAAGCAGCCCGCUUCGGACAUCUCGACGUGGUCCGCGAGCUCGUGUGGGCUGGUGCUUAG